UCACGCAGGCGCAGAACGGUCCCCCGGGAGACGGCGGCGGUGACGGCUCUUCGGGGUGCUCGGCUCUCUCCCAUCCAGGCCGACCCCGGCCCGUCUGGCCCCUAGGAACUCCGUAUUUGGGGCCGCAGACUUUCUCAUCGUGCCCCACAUAAGUAAAUACAGAAGACCUGGGGAAGCCGGAAGUACCGCCUUGAGAGCCCCAAUACUAACGGGGAAACGGAAGUGGCCUUCGGUGGCAAGUUAGGGGAGACCGGAAGUGACGAGAGCUGUGGGUCAUGGAGCCCAGUGAUAGUACCAGUACCGCUAUGGAGGAGCCUGACAGCCUGGAGGUGCUGGUGAAGACCUUGGACUCUCAGACCCGGACCUUUAUUGUAGGGGCCCAGAUGAAUGUAAAAGAGUUUAAGGAGCAUAUUGCUGCCUCUGUCAGCAUCCCAUCUGAGAAACAACGUCUCAUCUACCAGGGACGAGUUUUGCAAGAUGAUAAGAAGCUCCAGGAAUACAAUGUUGGGGGAAAGGUUAUUCACCUGGUGGAACGAGCUCCUCCUCAGACUCAGCUCCCUUCUGGAGCAUCUUCUGGAACAGGAUCUACUUCAGCCACCCAUGGUGGUGGACCCCUGCCUGGUACUCGGGGCCCUGGGGCCUCUGUUCAUGACCGGAAUGCCAACAGCUAUGUCAUGGUUGGAACCUUCAAUCUUCCUAGUGACGGCUCUGCUGUGGAUGUUCACAUCAACAUGGAACAGGCCCCGAUUCAGAGUGAGCCCCGGGUUCGGCUGGUGAUGGCUCAACACAUGAUAAGGGAUAUACAGACCUUACUAUCCCGGAUGGAGUGUCGAGGGGGAUCCCAAGCACAACCCAGUCAGCUACCUCCUCAGACGCCAACCAUGGCCCCAGAGCUAGUAUCCCUGAGCUCGCAGACAUCAGAAUCAGUUGAAAGUGAAGCACCUCCACGGGAGCCCAUGGAGGCAGAAGAAACAGAGGAGCGUGCCCCAGCCCAGAGCCCGGAACUCACCCCUUCUGGCCCUGCCCCAGUGGGCCCAACACCUGCCCCAGAGACUAAUGCACCCAAUCAUCCUUCGCCUGCGGAAUAUGUUGAGGUGCUCCAGGAGCUGCAGCGACUGGAGAGCCGCCUUCAGCCCUUCCUGCAGCGCUACUAUGAGGUUCUGGGUGCUGCUGCCACCACAGAUUACAACAACAAUCAUGAAGGCCGUGAAGAAGACCAGAGGUUGAUCAACCUGGUUGGGGAGAGUCUGCGGCUGCUGGGGAACACAUUUGUGGCACUGUCUGACCUGCGCUGCAAUUUGGCCUGUGCACCCCCACGGCACCUGCAUGUGGUUCGGCCCAUGUCUCACUACACCACCCCAAUGGUGCUCCAGCAGGCAGCCAUUCCCAUUCAGAUCAAUGUGGGGACCACUGUGACCAUGACAGGGAAUGGAACUCGACCCCCUCCAGCUCCCAGUGUGGAGGUGCCUACCCCUGGUUCUGGCCAGGCAUCAUCUCUGGCUCCGUCUUCUACCACUGUUGAGUCCUCCACUGAGGGGGCAUCCCCCCCAGGGCCAGCUCCUCCACCAGCCACCAGCCACCCCAGGGUCAUCCGGAUUUCCCACCAGAGCGUGGAACCUGUGGUCAUGAUGCAUAUGAAUAUUCAAGAUGCUGGCACACAGCCUGGUGGUGUCCCGAGUGCUCCCACUGGCCCUCUAGGACCCUCCGGUCAUGGCCAAACCCUUGGCUCCACCCUCAUCCAGCUGCCCUCCCUGUCCCCUGAGUUCAUGCACGCCGUCGCCCACCAGAUCACUCACCAGGCCAUGGUGGCAGCUGUUGCCUCCGCUGCCACAGGCCAGCAGGUCCCAGGCUUCCCAACGGCUCCCACCCGGGUAGUGAUUGCCCGGCCCACCCCUCCACAGGCUCGACCUUCCCAUCCCGGAGGGCCCCCAGGCUCUGGAGCUAUGCAGGGCUCUGGGGUUGGUACGAAUACUUCCUUGGCCCAGAUGGUGAGCGGCCUUGUGGGGCAGCUUCUUAUGCAGCCUGUCCUUGUGGCUCAGGGGACUCCAGGAAUGGCUCCAUCUCCUGCCCCUGCCACAGCUUCAGCUAGUGCUGGUACCACCAACACAGCUACCACAGCUGGCCCUGCUCCUGGGGGGCCUGCUCAGCCUCCACCACCUCAGCCCUCCACGGCUGAUCUUCAGUUCUCUCAGCUCUUGGGGAACCUGCUGGGGCCUACAGGGCCUGGGGCUGGUGGGCCUGGCGUGGCUUCUCCCACCAUCACUGUGGCAAUGCCUGGAGUCCCUGCCUUUCUCCAGGGCAUGACCGAUUUCUUGCAGGCAACACAGACUGCCCCUCCGCCCCCUCCUCCUCCUCCUCCACCCCCACCCCCAGCCCCAGAGCAGCAGACCACACCCCCACCAGGGUCCCCUUCUGGUGGUACAGGGAGUCCUGGAAGUCUAGGCCCCGAGAGCCUGCCACCAGAGUUUUUCACCUCGGUGGUGCAAGGUGUGCUGAGUUCCCUUCUGGGCUCCUUGGGGGCUCGGGCUGGCAGCAGUGAAAGUAUUGCUGCCUUCAUCCAGCGCCUCAGUGGAUCCAGCAACAUCUUUGAGCCAGGGGCUGAUGGUGCCCUCGGAUUCUUUGGGGCCUUGCUCUCUCUUCUGUGCCAGAAUUUCUCCAUGGUGGAUGUGGUGAUGCUUCUCCAUGGGCAUUUCCAGCCACUACAGCGGCUCCAGCCCCAAUUGCGAUCCUUCUUCCACCAGCACUACCUAGGUGGCCAGGAGCCCACACCUAGUAACAUUCGGAUGGCAACCCACACACUGAUCACCGGGCUGGAAGAAUAUGUGCGGGAGAGUUUUUCUUUGGUGCAGGUUCAGCCAGGUGUGGACAUCAUCCGGACAAAUCUAGAAUUUCUCCAGGAGCAAUUUAAUAGCAUUGCUGCUCAUGUGCUACAUUGCACAGACAAUGGAUUUGGAGCCCGGUUGUUGGAGUUGUGUAACCAGGGUCUGUUUGAAUGCUUGGCCCUGAACCUGCACUGCUUGGGGGGACAGCAGAUGGAGCUUGCUGCUGUCAUUAAUGGCCGAAUUCGUCGUAUGUCUCGUGGCGUGAAUCCGUCUUUGGUGAGCUGGCUGACCACUAUGAUGGGACUGAGACUGCAGGUAGUCUUGGAGCACAUGCCUGUGGGCCCUGAUGCUAUUCUCAGAUAUGUUCGCAGGAUUGGUGACCCACCUCAGCAGCCACUUUCGGAGGAGCCAAUGGAAGUUCAGGGAGCAGAAAGAACUUCCCCUGAACCUCAGCGGGAGAAUGCUUCCCCAGCCCCUGGAACAACAGCAGAAGAGGCCAUGUCCCGAGGCCCACCCCCUGCUCCUGAGGGUGGCUCCCGCGAUGAACAAGAUGGGGCUUCAACUGAGACAGAACCUUGGGCAGCUGCAGUCCCACCAGAAUGGGUCCCUAUUAUCCAGCAGGACAUUCAGAGUCAGCGGAAGGUGAAACCCCAGCCACCCCUGAGUGACGCCUACCUCAGCGGUAUGCCUGCCAAGAGACGCAAGACGAUGCAGGGUGAGGGCCCCCAGCUGCUUCUCUCAGAGGCUGUGAGCCGGGCAGCUAAGGCAGCCGGAGCUAGGCCCCUGACGAGCCCUGAGAGCCUGAGCCGGGACCUGGAGGCACCAGAGGUUCAGGAGAGCUACAGGCAGCAGCUCCGGUCUGAUAUACAAAAACGACUGCAGGAAGACCCCAACUACACCCCCCAGCGCUUCCCUAAUACCCAUCGGGCCUUUGCUGAUGAUCCCUAGCUCUUUGCUCAAUGGCCCUUAUUCACCAGGGGACCAUUUCCCCUCACAGUAUUUAAGAAAUAAAGUCGGAUUUUCCUGGC